AUGUGUCUGUACCGCAAACAAGAUGAUGAAGAUGUUGUCGUGGCCGGCGUGUAUGUCGAUAAUUUGCUUGCGACCGGCACUAGCGUUGUGGCAGUCGAUCAUUUCUUCGCCAGUCUUGGUUCGCUAUCGAUCAAGGAUUUCUCACGUGUUUUGAAGUUUCUGGGUAUGCGAGUGGCACUUGACGGUGAUGGCUUCUAUAUAAUGGAUCAGGAGGAGGCUAUCAAGGACCUAUUGCGUGAACACGGACUCAAUGAAGCGAAUCCGACUCUUGCUUCGAUUGGGGCAGACUGCUAUGAGGUGCAAGAUGAAGACAGUGCGCUACUCGGGGAAACAAGCACUGCUACAACGCCAUCGAUCAAGAAUUUCCGGUCGCUUGUUGGUAGCCUACUGUGGGUGGCGCAUUGUACGAGGCCAGAUGUGGCGUUUGCCGUGCAUAAAGCUACGCGACAAACCCACCGGCCACGCGUUCACGACUGGAAAUUGGCAAAGCGAAUUGCUCGCUAUUUGAAAGGCACUCAAGGACUAAAGUUAAAGGUGAAACCAAGAAUCGAAGACCGAGACACUCCGACACUUGAGUCAUACAGCGAGGCAGAUUCAGCUAGUGACAAGAAGGACCGCAAGUCGUCAACGGGAAGCAUCAUUUUGCGUAACGGCAUGCUAUUGAACUGGAGCGCGAAAAAACAAGGCGGCGUGUCAUUGUCAAUUAUGGAGGAAAAAUUUGCGGCUGCUUCCGAGGCAUCACGCAAUUACUCGGCGUGA